GAGAACUCUGGCACUCGACCACUUCAAACUUCAAGCUAUCGAAACUCAAAAAGUUAAAAGAACUGACUCAUAAACACCAGUAACAGAAGCAACAAAGGGAUAGGGAAGUCACCCAACAGAAGAAGAAGGCCUUCUGGAUGGCCGAGAAACGAAGACAACGGUCAGCCGAAUCAGAGGAGACUGAGACUCAACAGAAGCAAGUCAGCAAACGAGUCAAGAACAACAACCACAACAACAACAACACCACCACCACCAUGAACAACAGUCGCCCACAGCAUAAUCAAAGGAUGGCUCAGGCUGCACUGGCUCGGAUCAAGAAACUCGAACCCAAUCAGAAAACAAUAACAACCACCAAUAUCACCAACUCGACUAACACCCCUGCCUCUGCCUCAUCCUCACCUCAGUCAUCCUCUUCCUCGAGUCAGACCAUCAACCCCACCAACACUCAAGAUAACAAUCCCAGUCAACCUACCAGUCUCGAUAACCAUCCAAUCCACCCCACUGCUUCUUCAGAUCUCCACCAACAGAUCAAGAACUUGAAAGACCAGAUCGAAAACAUCAAUAAAACCGUAUCGACCUAUAAAGACGUCGUCGAGAAUCAAACAAACCUAAUCGAUUCUAUCAAAUCCAGUCUCUCGUGUAACAUCUGUCUUGAAGUUCUUGACUCGCCAUACGCUCUUCUUUGCGGACAUAUCUUUUGCCACAAGGAUUUAUAUGCUUGGUUUCACAGGACUAAUCCCGCUUCUGAUCGAUAUGACUCUGAUUCACACGACACGGAAGAUGAUGAUGAUGAUGAUGAUAGUGAUAGUGAUUCUGCAAUCCGAUUCGGCCAUCAUCUCCAAGAAGUAAGAGUGGUCGCUCAUGUGUCGAGUGACUCAGAAUUCAAUGGAUUCGAAAUGAAUCGACCCGGGCCUUCAAACCGAGGAGCGGCAAAUGGUGCUAAUAUUCCCCAACAGGCCAAUCUGGCCGGCUUGAUGAAUGAGGCUGACCCCGGACGAAAUGCCCAUCGAACAACCUUACGACCGGUCUCUCUUCAGAGACGGAGGAGAAACUUGAUCUGCCCUCAAUGCAGAGCGGCAGUGCUCCGACGACCGAUGCCACUAUAUGCAGUCAAGGAAGCUGCAGAUAAACUCAAGACGACCGGCACGCCUGUUCCGUCAUCCUCGUGUCCAACGGGCUCGUUCAGGAACUUAGUUGAACAACAUCGGGACGAAAGAGAUCUCACCUGGGGACACCUCUUUGAAGCGAAUAACAAUCAGGAUCACCAUCUUUCUAACGUCAGACGCGACCCGGAUGAGGGUCGUCACGUCGUCGUCGAUCUCGAAGACGGAGUCAGGCGUUGUGGUCGAUGUGCUUGGGAAAUAGGCAACAGCGGCAUUUGUGAAGGAUGCGGGGCAAGGUACGCUUCAUUAGACACGGAUGACUCAGAUGAUGAAAGCUUCCAGGCGCCUAUCGAUAGUGAAGACAUGGGAACAAACUACGAAAGCGAAGAAGAACGAGACGAAGAGGAAGAUGAAGAGAUGGAGAACCAAGCGGCGUAUUUCUGGAGUCGACCCAUGGGCCGGGUUCUCCCGGUGGAUUCGGGGUCCGACGAUGGGGCUUCGAUGGCACGACUGGUGAGCGGGAGAGGAGAUAGUGAUGAUGAUAGCUCGGACGUCCAAGUAGUCCGACGACGACGACAUGUGUUUCCGGAGAGUGAUAGUGAUGUGGAGGCCCAACCGAGUGCGGCGGCGCGUCGACGGGUGGCCGAGGAGCAGCCGCGUCGACCGUCUUCGAUCAAUGAGAUCUUCUCAUCCUCCCCUCGCUCAGACCGACCCCACUACUCCCCCUCAAACAACAACAACAACGAUGAUGAUGAUGAUGAUCGGUCGAUGACAGGUUCGACCGACGAAGAACAUUUUUCAGCUCCGCCUCGUCGCUCUACCUAUCGCACUGGCAUCGCCAUCGCACACGGUCGGGUCAUCUCCUCGGAUGAAGGAUAUUCUAGCACUGCUUCCGAACACGGAACCCCUGUCCAUCGCUCAUCUACCAUCAGCACUGCUUCUUCUGAAAACGAUACCUCUAUUCAUCGUUCCGUUUCGACCCCCGAAAUCAGCAGCGAUCUCUCCGAAACCCGGUCCGAUGAUCACGUCUCCCAGAGCAGCACAGACCCCGGAAAAUCGGAUGAUGAUGAUGAUGAUGACAAUCAGAGUGCUAGGUCUAGCCUUUUAUCAUCAUCCGAUCAUCACUUCAAUAGCGAUGAUGAUGAUGAUCAAGACGACGAUGAUCAUGGCAAUAAUGGUGAUGAUCCUCUGUCUGAUUCCGAUUCUGACUCUUUUUAAUCA